CGUAUAUAAAUAAUAUAGUAAAUAAUAAGAAUUAAUAAAUAAAUAAAUAAAAACGAUACCCACUCUUGUCAGUAUAUACAUCUCAGAGGUGAUAUAAAGUUGAACGAACCUCCGGCCGGCACCUCACGAUUCAUCCACUCUCCAGAUUCCACAACCGCCUCUCCCUCCGCUUCCCUCCUCCGCUCUGUUCGUAGUUUCUGCAAGGAGAAUGGCGGAUCAGCUGACCGACGAUCAGAUCUCUGAGUUCAAGGAAGCCUUCAGCCUCUUCGAUAAGGACGGCGAUGGUUGCAUCACAACAAAGGAGCUUGGGACUGUGAUGAGGUCAUUGGGGCAGAAUCCUACUGAAGCUGAGCUCCAGGAUAUGAUAAAUGAAGUUGAUGCUGAUGGUAACGGAACAAUUGAUUUUCCGGAGUUUCUAAACCUGAUGGCCAGGAAGAUGAAGGAUACUGAUUCUGAGGAGGAGCUGAAGGAGGCAUUCAGGGUUUUCGACAAGGAUCAGAAUGGAUUCAUCUCUGCAGCUGAGCUUCGCCACGUGAUGACAAAUCUCGGGGAGAAGCUUACUGAUGAAGAAGUUGAUGAGAUGAUUAGGGAGGCGGAUGUUGAUGGCGAUGGUCAAAUUAACUACGAGGAGUUUGUUAAGGUUAUGAUGGCCAAGUUUGGAUAUAUUAAGAAAACAAUGGAGAACAAAGCUUCGGCAAGAAAGAUGAAGAUACUAUGCCUCCAUGGAUUCAGAACCAGUGGCAAUUUCUUAAGAAAACAAAUCAGCAAAUGGGAUCCGUCCAUCUUUGCUCUUCAUUUUCACAUGGAAUUUCCAGAUGGAAUAUUUCCAGCAGGGGGAGAAUCAUCCAUAGAAGGCAUAUUUCCACCUCCUUAUUUUGAGUGGUUUCAGUUCAACGAGGAUUUCACAGAAUAUACCAACUUGGAAGAGUGCAUCUCCUACUUGUGUCAGUACAUCACAAGCAACGGCCCUUUCCAUGGCCUGCUAGGCUUCUCCCAGGGAGCAACCAUAGCAGCCCUUUUGGCAGGUUAUCAAGCAGAGGGGAAGAUACUGAAAGAUCAUCCACCCUUUAAACUGCUGGUAUCCAUUUCAGGUUCCAAAUUUCGUGAGCCAACCAUUUGCCAGGUUGCAUACAAACACCCCAUGAAGGUUAAGUCGGUGCAUUUCAUAGGAGAGAAGGACUGGCUGAAGCUGCCUUCCCAGGAGCUGGCCACCGCCUUUCACAACCCUCUCAUCAUCAACCAUCCCCAGGGCCACACUGUGCCCAGGCUAAAUGAAGAAGCUGUGGAGAAGUUGAGGAAUUGGACUAAGGAAAUUGUGGAUGAAACCCUAGAUGAUGAUGAUGAUGAUGUUAUAAAACAUGAGACAGUGGAGAAUAAUGGAGAAGCAGAUCUCCUACAGAUGUCCAAGAAUGAAAUAUCAUUAAUCUCGGAAACCUAAUUGAAAAUUUAUGUAGUAUACGGAUUAUUAAUGUUUCAGAUAUGUUAUUAAAAACUUGAAUAAUAUUAUGAAUGCUGUGGAGUUAUAAAUAUUAGGGGAACUCUGUCUGGGAUUGGCUUUGAUACUAAAUUGAAGAAUGUGUUCUAUUUGA